UGAUGGGUCUAUCUGAAGAUCGGGAAAGACGUUCUAUAUUCAUGGUAAAUUGGAUGAAUUGUAUAUCUACACAAAGAUGUAUCACUCGAACGAGACACUUUUCCUCGAAUCGACCAGCAAAAUUGUUAAGGACGACAUCAACAAUUCCAGCUUUGUACAGUUUCAAAUUUGGGAUUUUCCCGGACAGAUUGACUUUAUAGAGCCAACAUUUGAUUCAGAAAUGAUAUUUGGCGGCUGUGGAGCGCUAGUGUUUGUAAUUGAUGCCAAGGAUGAUUACAACGAGGCCUUGACCAAGUUCAAGAAUACCGUCAUCAAGGCAUACAAAGUAAAUCCUCGCAUUAAGUUCGAGGUAUUCAUACACAAGGUGGACGGCAUUAGCGAUGAUUCAAAAAUGGAAUCACAACGCGAUAUACACCAACGUUCAUCGGAUGACCUCAGCGAGGCGGGACUCGAUCAGAUUCAUCUAAGCUUUCACUUGACUUCGAUCUAUGAUCAUUCAAUAUUCGAAGCGUUCUCGAAGGUUGUGCAGAAGCUUAUACCUCAGUUACCUACGCUGGAGAAUCUGUUGAACAUUUUCAUACCGAACUCUGGCAUUGAAAAAGCUUUUCUCUUUGAUGUUGUAUCUAAAAUCUAUAUAGCUACGGAUUCAUCACCAGUUGAUAUGCAAGCUUAUGAGCUGUGCUGUGAUAUGAUUGAUGUGGUCAUUGAUCUCUCUAGCAUAUAUAGCUCUGAGGAAACUGCAUUUGACAGUGGCAGUUCUAGUCUCAUUAAAUUGAACAAUAAUACAAUACUUUAUCUGCGCGAGGUCAACAAGUUUUUGGCGCUGGUCUGCUUACUGCGAGAGGAGAACUUCAAUCGGCAAGGUGUCAUUGACUAUAACUUUAUUUGCUUCCGCGAUGCCAUAAGUGAGGUGUUUGAGCUGCGUCUGAAACGUCAGAAGAUGCUUGAGAACGCCGACCAGGAUGAUGAUGAGCUGGUUGACGAUCACGGCAUAACAAUUGCCUGUUCAAACCAUGAGAAUGAUGCAGCUGUAUUGUCCAGAGCAACUAAGAUUGCAUGAGCAUAAUUCCAGAGACCUUUAAGCUCAGUGUGCUCAGCUAUCGUAAAUUUUUCCACAUAUUCACACUAGCACACGAAUCUAUUUCUAUUUGGCAUUGAAAGAUCAUUUAUAAGUUUUGUCAUACAUUUUAUUCAAAUUUUAUGUUUUUUUCUUUCUAUAUACAUAUAUAUCUUUGUUCUUUAUUGUUAAUUCAUUUGUUAAGCCGCUUCGCUGCUCUUUACAAAGAGAGAAACAAAUUGCCCAGCGUUUACAUAAACUACAAAUAAUAAUA